AUGAUAUAUGUGAUUAGUAAUUUUCUAUCAACUUUCAGAGAUGUUUUCGCAAAGAUUUCGCUUCAAGAUCGCAUUGAAUCUUUUGUUGCGUAUGAAUUUAACGUUCUAACUGAGGAAUAUGAAGAAAGAAAAAAACAAAAAACAAGCGCAACUGUUACUUCAAGACAAUUUGCAAAUGAAACAAACUUGAAUUCGACCAGUUUUUCGGAAAAUAAGAAGCCGAGCUCGUCUGUACCUAAGAGCACAACAAGGAUUGUACACGCAAAACGCUCAACGCCUCAUUACAAUCGAAAUUAUCAUCGAAUUCCGUUCGCUGCGUUUGUUUACAAUUUCGCUACAAAAAAACUUACUGAUCCAAAAGGCGAAGAUAAACGAACCGCAUAUCGUGGUCCAUUUCUCGCUGAUCGCUGGUGGGAUCGUAUGGUGACUACAGGGGAUAAUUUGAAAGUAGCUUUGCCGAUUCCUGAUGGGCGACUUCGAGUUAAUCCAGAUCCUGGACAACUCCGACAGUACUAUCCACACUUCAAUAGUAUGACACUUAUUUGUGGACAGCAAGUAGAUGGCAAGUUGGUUGAAACGGAUAUUGUGGUUAACGUUGAUACGCUUGUAGAAGAUCCAAUUGAUGAAAAACCAGAAUGCUUAUUCAGUUACUUCUCUGAUGAUGACAUCAAGAAAUGUACGAUUAAGUAUGAAAAUUUGGGAGAGCGUCAGCAAGAUGAUUACGGUAAAUUGGAUUAUCGCUAUCGUAUUCAAGAUUAUCAGUCAAUACCAAAGUAUUUCCAACCAAUUUUAGCAACACAGUAUAAUUUAAAAAUAGACAUUGGCUAUGAACCGUGGUCGUGCUGUACUGCUUGUUGCUGUAGUCAAAAAACGUGCGGUCAUGAAUAUGCCCUUGAUCGGAAUGAGUGUAAAAAAUUGGAAAGUUAUCGAUUCCGCCAUGCUUACUUGUCAUUUUUUAAAAUUGACGCAUGGAAAAAGAUUACUUUGUCGUUGAAUGUUUCGGAAAAUCAAGAUUACAUGAACGAAGUAAUAAUGACAUUUGACAAGUAUCUCAGCUCAGAUCCAUAUUUCACUACUGGCAUUCCUGUUCAUUCUACACUGAUGAUUACUGAUACUUACUGGAGGAAUUUGCGAAAAUUUCUCAUCAAUAAGAUGAUUGGACAAAGUUUUGUGCGCAAGAAAAUUAAAGGACGUUUGGGAUUAUACAUCCAAUCACAAAGCUGUGAUAAUUUGCAAGAAAAACUCGAUUGUACCUUAUUAGAAAAGUGUCGAAGUGAUUCACGAGGAGUAAAUAUUUUUUUCAUAAGAAUUUACAAGAACUCAAAAGCAUUGCAGAUCAGAAUUUUCGGUAGCAAAAAGCGAGAAGUCAAAAUCGUACAAGAUUUUAAAAUAAGCUUUAAACGAUGUGAAGAGGAGCUGACCAUCGAACAAAUAAGCUUAAAUUCUCUUGAAAACUUUAUACCACUUAGACGUGGAAAGAAUUACUUGAUUCAAAUUAAUCAAACAAUUUUCGGCACUAUUACCAAGGUACCUUGAGA